AUGGCCUCCGAGCUUCGCCGCCGAACAGUCGCGACAGACACGCCAUCCGAUCCGCCGACCCCAGAAACCGCCUUCCACGACGAAAGCCCCUUGAAAGCAUCGAACCAGGUACUCAAAGCCGAAAAACACCAUGGCCACAAGAAGGAGACACGCAAGCGGAGAAGUACCUUCAUUUUCCUCUUGGGUAGUUUGUUUGGUAUCAUAGCGGCCGGGUUCCUGGCCCAGAGCAACGACCUGAUAGAGUUUCCCGAGAUUGGCGAAUUGAGUGUGGACGGUAUACUAGAAGCCCUGCCCGCGGGGCUUGUGAGGGAUAUGAAAGAUCUUGUGGCCGGAGAACGCGAUUUUGCCGAAAGUUAUGAUGCCUUUGCAGUUGGCGUCAAGGCCAAGUCCGAAGGACUUCAGGUCCAUCACCCCAUCAUCAUGAUACCUGGUGUCAUCUCUACUGGUCUCGAGUCGUGGGGCACUGCAAAUGUUUCUCGCCCCUAUUUUAGAAAGCGCUUAUGGGGCAGCUGGACGAUGAUGAAGGCUCUCGUUAUGGACAAGGAGGUGUGGAAAAACCACAUCAUGUUGGACAAGUUCACUGGUCUUGAUCCGCCGCAUGCGAAGCUGCGCGCUGCCCAGGGCUUUGACGCCACUGACUUCUUCAUCACCGGCUACUGGAUUUGGAACAAGAUUUUCGAGAAUCUGGCCUCGCUUGGCUACGAUCCCACCAAUUCUUUCACAGCCGCAUACGACUGGAGGCUAUCGUACCGUAACCUUGAAGUUCGCGACCAAUACUUUACCCGCUUAAAGAGCUACAUUGAGAUAGCUCACAGCUCCUCUGGCAAGAAAGCCGUCCUUGCUUCGCACUCCAUGGGAGGUCAAGUCAUGUUCUAUUUCCUGCACUGGGUGGCUUCUCCCAAGGGCGGCAAUGGCGGCGAUGAUUGGGUUGAGAAACACAUUGAGGCUUGGAUCAAUAUUAGCGGCUGCAUGCUCGGUGCAGUCAAAGACAUUGCAGCUGUCAUGUCAGGCGAGAUGAGGGAUACAGCACAACUCAAUGCCUUUGCUGUCUACGGCCUUGACAAGUUCCUCAACAAGGAUGAGAGAGCUGAGCUCUUCCGUGCCAUGCCCGGAUUAUCAUCCAUGCUACCCAUCGGUGGCGACCGAGUCUGGGGAAAUCUCACCUGGGCUCCUGAUGAUCUCCCUGGCCAGAAGCACAGCUAUGGAUCGGUCCUAAACUUUCGGGUUGGCGGCAACUGGACUGCGCCCGAAAAGAACUUCACCGUGUCCGAGUCAAUGGAAUACCUCAUGAACACCACAGAGUCAUGGUAUCAAGACAUGGUCAAGGGAUCGUACUCCCAUGGCGUUGCCGACACCGCCGCCGAGGUUAAUGCCAACGAGGACAACCCGGUCAAAUGGAUCAAUCCCCUCGAGACACGUUUGCCUCUGGCCCCGAACUUGAAAAUUUAUUGCUUCUAUGGUGUCGGAAAACCGACAGAGCGCUCGUACUAUUAUCGCACUCCGGAUAUGCCGCAUCUGACCAACCUCAAUAUCACCAUUGAUACAACGCUCACCGUCGAUGAGAUUGACCACGGUGUCAUCCUUGGCGAAGGUGACGGCACCGUGAACUUGCUGUCAAAUGGUUACAUGUGCAACAAAGGUUGGCACAUGAAGCGCUAUAAUCCGGCGGGAGUGCAAGUCAAGGUCUUCGAGAUGCUCCACGAACCGGGCAGAUUCAACCCUCGCGGGGGUCCCAACACGGCCGACCAUGUCGAUAUUCUGGGCAGGCAAAGCCUGAAUGAACUGGUCUUGAGAGUCGCGGCUGGCCAAGGACACACUAUUGAAGAGAAUGUGGUUAGUAAUAUCAAAGAAUAUGCUGAUAAAGUAAAGAUAUGGGAAGAGGGAGAAAAGCCUGACGAUGAAUGA